GGGAAGCACCAGCCACUUGCUUGCUGGACCAGAGCUGCAGCAGCUGGGACAAGCAGUUUUCCCAUGGGGGGAAUUAUGGCACGGCGGGUGGAGGGGGCUGGUGAAGUUCGCUGGGCUGGAGGGAGGAGGCAGAUCCCGAGGGGGCUGCAGCCCUGAGCUGAGCUGAGCUAGCGAGCGGUGUGGGGGCAGAGGCUGGCGCUCCCGGGUCCUGAGGAGGGGGCGGUCGAAGGGAGGCUGCGAGGGGCUGGAGCCGGUGCCGGCUGCUCUCUGGACUGCAGGGGGUGCGGGGUCCCCUCUCCGCGUUGCCUGCCCAGCCUCAGCCGGCUCGGAGGCGGCAGCCAAGCAGCGCGGUCCUCGCCAUGCUGGCGGCAGCUGGGAGCCGCGCCUGCCUGGGCCGGCUCCUGGGCGAAGGGCAGCUGCACGCCCCCCUGCUCCGGCCGGCAGCCCGUGGGAUCGCGGCCACUGCAGCUUCCUCCAGCAGCGCCCACAACCGAAGCCCAGGGGCCAUCAGCUCGGCUGAGAAGAUGUACAAAGUACCUGGUAGUUACAAACCUUCCAACUUUGACAAAAAAAUCCUCAUGUGGACAGGACGCUUCAAGACUGAAGAAGAGAUUCCCUCAAGGAUCCCGCCAGAAAUGCUGGACAUUGCAAGAAACAAAGCUCGAGUAAAAGCCUGUUAUCUAAUGAUUGGCCUCACAAUUAUCGCCUGCUUUGCUGUGAUUGCAUCAGCUAGAAGGGCUGAACACCAUGAGUCCCUAACAAGCUGGAACCUAGCAAAGAAAGCCAAGUGGCGUGAAGAGGCUGCAACAUCAGCAGAAUUUAAGACUAAAUAAUAUUUCUAUUAAAAACUGUGGAUUUGCUAGUAGGAGCAAACACCACAAAAAACAAAUGUUACUUGGCAUAAUUAGUGACUGUCUAGUUAUCAGACUGCUAUGUUAAACAUCAACACAUUGGAGCCCAACAAUGUUACACUCAAAAAAAUGUUGGGAACAAAGUGAAUAGGGUGUCUUUUUCUACAUUACACAGAGAUAUUUUCAGUACUUGCAGCAGAUGACCAAGGUCAGUUCAAAUCUUUAGAAAGUUCUAAUAAUUCCAGUUUCAAGAGACUUUUUUUUUUUGCCUCAAUUUGAUAAAAAUAUGUAACUGUCCACAAAGACAACACAUACAUCACUUACCCUGUCCUGAAAUCUCUUCCUGCUAGAUUUGAUUCUGGACAUUUUUCUAUAGACACAAAAUUGAAUUACUGACAAAAACCACCAUUUGAAAACUGUUAUAUAUUAAAGAAAUGAAAGCAUACUAAAAAAAUUGUGCAAGCCACAAAUCAUUUAAAUACUAGGGAAGCCAGUGACUAUGUAGUUGGAAAAAUUAAUAGCAUCACUACAGUAUCUCU